GGCUACUUACGUGUGUGAGAAGUCCUAGAGAGAACUGCACGUUGCUGUGUAUGAUCGCGGGCUGCUGAGGCACCAUGUUUCUUCAAUACUAUCUAAACGAGCUAGGGGAUCGGGUGUACACUAUGAAGAAGGUGGAUCCUGAUGGGCAGCCGACAUCUUCUGCUCAUCCUGCACGGUUUUCCCCUGAUGAUAAAUAUUCCCGGCAUCGCGUCACUCUCAAGAAAAGAUUUGGUCUCCUCCUGACCCAGCAACCAAAACCUGUGAUGUGAGACCUCCUGGAACCGAUUAGAGACAACAACCCAUAAUUCAAGCCGACCAACCACAUGGAAAGUUUUCAUCAUGCUGCCUUAUUGUGUACAGACAUUUUCUGUUUAAACAUAAACAUGUCAUGUUGGAAUUGUGUAGGUCUCUAAUGACCAAUUAUAAAGUAACUGGACCUCUCCAACCCCACUCCUCCACCACCUGUGCUAUUACCCUAGCACAGACUCUCAGCCAAUUCUUGUAGAGGGAUCGGACCAGCCUCACUCUGGGAAAGGCUAAAUCAAUCUCUUUCCGCUGCUAUAUGGCAUUACAUGAAACUGGGUAGAGCAGGUGGGAUAUCUGCCCUUUUAUCAUUUUAUUUUAUCCAUUUUCUGUUCUAUGCCUUGUCACUGUCCUGGCAAAUCUGCCAUUAAAGCCCAGGGUUGCCGCAAA